UAUGAAACGAAAAAUACUGAAUGUGGUGAAGAAUCAACCAAAGAUUCACGGGUCCACUUAUACCACAAAUCCACAUGCAACAAGCCAACAACCAACUAAUCAAACACAAAAAACAACAUAUACAAACUCAGCAAACAACAAAACAUAGAAUAUUGCCCAAAGUCAUGAUUCUUCGAAGUGUCAUCUCUUCAAACCAACCUCAUUAUUAUCUCAAAACAAUGACACAUAUGACACUUGUAUCCCCAACCCCAACUCCAUCCCAUUUCCCCAAAAUCCUUUCAAUGCCUCAAAACACCUCCAAAAACGUCGCCGUUAUCGGUGCGGGCUCAGCGGGCCUAGUUACGGCCCGAGAACUCAAACGAGAAGGUCACACUGUCGUUAUAUUCGAACGAGAAAAUCAAUUAGGUGGCACAUGGGUUUACACACCCGACACAGAAUCCGACCCGAUUGGACUCGACCCGAACCGGAAUAUCAUUCAUUCAAGUCUUUAUUCAUCUCUACGUGUUAAUCUACCAAGAGAAGUAAUGGGUUUUCGGGAUUACCCGUUUGUGGUCAAGAAAAGGUCGGGUAGUGACCCGAGAAGGUACCCGGGUCAUAAGGAAGUGUUGGAUUAUUUGAAUGAUUUUGCGGUUGAGUUUGGGGUUAUUGAGGUUGUGAGAUUUGGGAUGGAAGUUGGGUAUGUGGGAAUGUUGGAAAACGGGAAAUGGAAAGUUAGUGCAAGAAAGAGAGGAAAUGAUGAUGUGUUUGAUGAUGAAGUGUAUGAUGCUGUUGUUAUAUGUAAUGGACAUUAUACUGAACCAAGAAUUGCUGAUAUUCCUGGAAUCGAAGUCUGGCCAGGAAAGCAAAUUCACAGCCACAAUUACCGUGAUCCUGAACCUUUUCGAGACCAAGUUGUUGUGCUGAUAGGAGGUGCUGCAAGUGCUACUGAUAUCUCCAGAGAAAUUGCUGAAGUUGCUAAAGAAGUCCACAUUUCUUCUAGAUCAGCUACAAGUGGAGUUCCGAUGAAGCUGCCUGGCUAUGAUAAUAUUUGGCUCCAUAAUAUGAUUGAAGGUGUUGGCAGUGAUGGUGGCGUGAGUUUUCGAGAUGGUUCCAAAGUCCUUGCUGAAAUCAUCCUACACUGCACAGGGUACAAAUAUCAUUUUCCUUUUCUUGAAUCUAAUGGGAUAGUGACUGUGGAUGACAACCGUGUUGGUCCACUUUACAAGCACAUUUUCCCACCAGCCUUUGCUCCAAGUCUUUCAUUUGUUGGGCUGCCUUGGAAGGUUAUACCAUUCUGCUUAUGUGAACUGCAAAGCAAGUGGAUUGCUGGUGUUUUAUCUGGUCGCAUUUCUCUCCCAUCAAAGGAAGAUAUGAAUGCUGAUAUUGAAGCUCUCUACUCAUCCAUGGAAGCUGCUGGCAUUCCAAAGCGGUACACUCACAUUAUGGAUGAUUGUCAGUUUGACUAUGAUGAUUGGUUGGCUGCUGAGUGUGGAUGUACACUCUCUGAAGAAUGGAGAAAGCAAAUGUAUUUUAUCUCAAGAAAGAAUAGAAACUCUCAGCCCGAGACAUAUCGUGACCAGUGGGACGAUGAUGACUUAAUCAUUCAAGCUCAUGAAGACUUCGUAAAAUAUAUUCCUGAACUAGCUCGAGCACAGAAGCUGCCAAGAUGAUUUUUUGUGAACACUGGCAUGUAAUAUGCCUGAAUUUGGUUAUUUUUGUUGUUACAGAAAACAUAUAGUUUAAUAAAUCGAAAAGUAUAGUAACAACUGGAAAUUCCUCAAUUAAUUUCAACUGUAAUUCUGCCAUCAAAUUUAAUGUAAGUUAUCCAGCUUGUAAACAUUUACCACUACUUAUGCUUGUACAUUUAUUCAAUAAGACAGUGAUGAA